AGAGAAUGUGCUUCCUUAACCUAAUUUCACCGUUUAUUUGCUGUUUCUUUGUCCCUAGUUGACAAUUAAUUUCGGAAAAGAAAUAAUCCCCAUUAGCUGAUUAGCGGAAGAGAGUAGAGACUCAGAGAGAAAGAGCCUGCUUCAUAUUGUAGAUGAAAGGGUCUAAAACGAGGAAGUAUAAGAGAAUGCCAAGGAUUAACAAAGACACUGAAGCAGAGGAUUGGUGUUUCGUUUGCAAAGAUGGUGGGGAGCUUAUUAUCUGCGAUUACGGGGAUUGUCUAAAAGUUUAUCAUCCUGGAUGUGUGGGAAAUGAUGUUUCAUUUUUUGAGACUAGAGAAUCCUGGACUUGCAAUUGUCAUUCGUGCUUAAUAUGCCAUAAAUCUCCAAAGUUUCAUUGCUUGUGCUGUCCAAACUCCGUAUGCCAACAUUGCAUCGGUGCUGCUGAGUUUGCACCUGCUAGUGGGAAGAAUGGAUUCUGCUGUGAGUGUUUGAAGCUUGUUCUACUUGCAGAAGAAAACAUCGAAUAUGACUCUGAUGGGGGCAAGAUAGACUUUAAAGACAGAGAUACAUAUGAGGGCCUGUUCAAGGAAUAUUGGGAAAUCAUAAAGGAAAAAGAAGGCCUGACUUUGGAUGAUGUCUAUACUGCGAAAGCCAAGAUGAAGAAGGGUGAAAAUUCCUGGAGUUGUUCUGGUUCCAUGGUGUUGGGUGGUGAUGAAAAAGACGAUGAACUCAUAAUAUCUGAUUGUGAUUUGGAUGAUAUGGAAGAAUAUAAGCCAUUGCGGAAACAGAGGUGGUCCAAGGCACAGAAUUUUAUAGGUUGGGGAUCAAAACCUCUCAUUGCAUUCCUCAAAUCCCUUGGGAAAGACAUAACCAAACGGUUAUCACAAUAUGAGGUUGAUUGUAUGAUUGCUGAAUACAUUCGAGAAAACAACCUUGGAGACCCAGAAAAUAAGAAGAGGGUUGUCUGUGAUGAAAAGCUGCACUCUCUUUUCAGAAAGAAAUCAGUAUUUAAGAACCGGAUAUAUAAGCUUUUGGAUACCCAUUUUGCUGAGAAUUUGGUGCAAUUAGAGGAGGAAUUUGAGGAUAAAGAUAAAAGCAGUUUGAUAGACAAAAAUGAAAAUCUUGAGGUAUUAUGUAAGAAACAGAGAACGUUGAGCACGGAUAAAAAGUCUCCAGAAGUUGAAGUUGAAAGUAUUGUCCAACCGACCGGUUAUGCAUCUAUAGUUGCCGAGAACAUAAAUCUUGUCUACUUAAGGAGAAGCUUAGUGGAGGAGUUAUUGAAGCAUCAUGAAAGUUUUGAAGGAAAAGUAGUUGGAAGUUUUGUAAAAGUCAAAACAGACACCCGAGAUUAUCUGCAGAAAACUUCUCACCAGCUUUUGCAAAUUGCAGGCAUAAAAGAAACCUCAUCAUCUGGUAAAAUCCAUAGUGAAAUUCUCCUGCAAGCUUCCAGUGUACCAGCAGACAUUUGCAUUUCCAUGCUGUCUGAUUCUGACAUCACUGAGGAGGAAUGUGAAGAUCUGCGGCAAAAAGUGAAUAGUGGCCUGCUCAAAAAACCUACUGUCGUGGAGCUUGAAGAUAAGGCCAGAAUUCUGCACGCAGAUAUCACAAAGCAUAGGAUUGAGAGAGAGCUGGUUGCAUUACAAAAUCACAUUGAUCGGGCGAAUGAGAAGGGCAGGAGAAGAGAAUUAUCUCAAUUUCUAGACCUAAGAGAAUUGCUCAAAACGCCCUCAGAGCAGGAAAGAUUGUUAAAUCAGGCGCCAAAGGUUGUUGCAGAGGUUGUCGAGCUCAAAGCUGCUUCGAGAGAUUUGGAUGCCGACAUGGAAAGAAGUCCUUGCUCACCACAAUCGAUCCUUGUGUGGAAUCCCAAAACUCCUACUACUUAAAUUGAAAAAUUAAAGUUGGUGAUAGAAAUUUUGUUAAUAGGGUUUUAGUCAGGGCAAGUUGACUACUAAAGUUGAAGAUGGUUUUUUGUUUUAAUUAUCAUUAGCAACUCAGAUUACAUAUUCAAGUUUGUGCAAAAUACAAUG